UGCAGGAAGCGGCCGGGAAAUGGCCGGUUCUUGCCGCCGGUUGUUGCGUCUCCUUGUGUUUGGAACGUCCUUUUUAACCGGGUCGUGUCUCGCUCCCGGUGUCGCCGGCUCCGAGUUAUGGCACCGGAUCUAUGGCACCGGAUAUGGAAGCAAACAACCAUUUCACCUUCACCUCCGCACCCGCUGCCUCAGGACCGAAACCCGCCUCUGCCUCAGGGGACAGCCCCUUCGCCCCCAGCUCCGCGCUCGGCUUCUCCCCGCAAGGGAAAAGUCUGAACGGGGGCAUGAAUGUCAAUGGCUUCUCUACUGUAUCUCACCCCAGUACUUCAGGGACCUUGGCCCCCAGCUCGCCACCCGCGGGCACACAGCCCCUCCGCUCCUAUGACUGCCUAUGGGACUACGCUCCGUACCCCGGCACCGGCGGCCUCAAGGAUGGCCGCGCCGCCACCCCGCCGCUGUUCCCGCUCAACGGCACCGAGCCCCGGUCCCCGGGACACGGCACCAACCUCCGCGCGCCCGCGCAGGAGCUGUGGGGCAACGGCACCGCCGGCCCCAUGGGGCUCAACUUCGACUCGCAGGAGCUCUAUGACUCCUUCCACGAGCAGAGCUUCGAGCUGAUGCAGAACGGGCCGCCGGGUUUCUAUGGGGCUGCUCAGCCCUUCUCGCUGCCGCCGGAGGAGCCGGGUACCGGUGAUGGAGGCACCGACGCCGCAGCCAAAGAGAUCCCGGCUGCUCUAACGGAGAACGGCGGCGGGCUGGUGGGCAGCAUGGAGCUGGAGGAGGCGCAGCCGGACCUGAAGAUGUGCAGCUACAACGGGGCUGCCCCCGGCGCGGGGGGGCCGGGGCUGGGGGACGCGUCGCCCAUCGCCCCCCGGCUGGAGGAUGCUCAUAUCCUCAGCGAGGACCCUCUGGAGCCCUUUGGGUCGCUGGGCACAGAUCCCGGUGCCGGGGAUCUCUACGCUAUGGACGACUCGCAGCUCGUGAGCGACAAGUCCCCCCUUGGGGACCCCCCCGACCUGCACGAUGGCCCCUUCAGCCUCCUGCCCCCCCCGCUGCUCACCGGGCCCGGCUCGCCCGCACUGCACGACAGCAGCGUGGAGCUGAACAGCAGCAGCCACGCGGGGCUGGAGGAGUCGGGGUCCCUGGAGCUGGACCCCGCGAUGGAGACCCCGGAGUCGCCGGCCCCAUCCGAGGAGGAGGAGGAAGAGGAGGAGGAGGAGGAGGAAGAAGCUGCCGACAGCAGCCCGGAGGCUCCAUCCGCACCGGGCGCCGCGGUGCUGAGCUCCUCAGCAUCAGGUGAUGUCCCGCGCCGGCGCAUCGCCACGCAGGAGGAGGUGCGCUUCCCCCUGCAGCACGGGUGGAGGCGCGAGGUGCGGAUCAAGAAGGGGAACCACCGGUGGCAGGGAGAGACGUGGUACUAUGGGCCGUGUGGGAAGAGGAUGAAGCAGUUCCCGGAGGUGAUCAAGUACCUAAGCAGGAACGUGGUGCAGGACGUGCGGCGCGAGCACUUCAGCUUCAGCCCUCGCAUGCCGGUGGGAGACUUCUACGAGGAGCGGGACACGCCGGAGGGUGUGCAGUGGGUGAAGCUGAGCCCCGAGGAGAUCCCCUCCCGCAUCCAGGCCAUCACGGGCAAGCGCGGCCGGCCCCGCAACGCCGAGAAGACCAAGGCCAAGGAGGCGCCGGCGGCCAAACGCGGCCGGGGCCGGCCCCCCAAGGCCAAGAUGGUGGAUUUGCUGAGCAAGACGGAUGCGAGGCUGCUCAAGAGGCUGGAGGCACAAGAGGUGCUGAGCGAUGAAGACAAGCUGAAAAUGAGCAAGAUCAAGAAGAAAAUGAGGAGGAAGGCUAAGAACAAGCAGAAGCAAGAAGCCAAAGCGCCCAGAGCGAAGGAGGCCAAGAAGAAGUGCAAGGCCAAGGAGAAGAAGGGCAAAGCGGAGAAGGGCAAAGAGAAAGCCCGUCCCAAGGAGAAGAAGGGGAAGGGGGCUCGGAAGGCGGACAAGGGGCUGGCGGCGCAGCGGCGGCUGGAGGAGCGGCAGCGCCAGCAGCUCAUCCUGGAGGAGAUGAAGAAGCCGACGGAGGACAUGUGCCUCGGGGACCACCAGCCGCUGCCGGCGCUGUCGCGCAUCCCGGGGCUGGUGCUGCCGGGCGCAGCCUUCUCGCAGUGCCUGGCGGUGGUGGAGUUCCUGCAGAGCUACGGGCGGGUGCUGGGCCUGGAGCCGGGCAGGGACGUGCCGAGCCUGAGCGCGCUGCAGGACGGGCUCCUGGGGCUGGGCGACAGCGCGGGACGGCUGCAGGACCUGCUGGUGCGGCUGCUGCGUGCCGCGCUCGGAGACCCCGGCAUGCCGCCCUACUGCCAGUGGGCGGGACUAUGGUCACAGUGGGCGGGGCUACGAUAA